UUGUCUGUGUCCAUGGGUUAUGUAUAUAUGCAUACAAGGUCUUUGGUUGAUUAUCUCAUAGCAGGCAUGUUUUCUGACCACAAUGUGAUCAUUCUAGAAUUCAACUUUAAAAAAAGGAUAAUUUUUUAAAAUUCCGUAUGUGAUGGCACCAGUGUCCAGGUCCCGCUAUUCUGAGGAUGCCUCUGGCUCCUGGAGACAGCGACCUAGCUCACUGAGGAAUAGCCCUUCUGCCCUCACUUCCAUGGCUGCAAGGGUCUCGGGCUUCCAUGGGGUUGGUUGGCAGGCUCUCCUCACCUUCAUUGCUCUAGGUCUUGAGAAUGGACUCCCCCACCCCCGGGCUUGGCAACUAUGUCUUCUCAUCCUCUUCCAUCUACUGCGAUGGAUACCACUAGGCAGGUGAUCAACUAUGGGCAGAAGACGAGAUGGAGGAGAGCUGUCUGUAGAGAAGGCUGAAAGACAGGGAAUGGUUGGGGAGUUGGGAGCUUCUGAGGUGUGUGUGCUAUCUCCAAAGUAUCCUGAGCUGAGUUCUGAUGAAUUCACUCCAUUUGAAGAUGAAGAUGAAGAGGUCAAAACUCAGAAGACCAACAGUUCAAAUUCUGGCUCUGAAGAAAAAAGAAAACCAGUUGUUCAAAAAAAAAAAAGAAAGUCCAAAAGAAAAUAUAACAAAUGUGAUAAUAGUGACAGUAAUUCACACUCUGACACUAAUUCUAGCUUACAGAGAAAAAAGAGAAAGUCCAAAAUAAAAUAUAGCAAAUAUGAUAAUAGUGACAGUAAUUCACACUCUGAUACUAAUUCUAGCUCUGAUGAUGGGGGGGAAAAGAAAAGAGAAAGGAGCAUAGAGGGAGGAAAAAAGAAAAAGAAGACUAAAAAAACCCCAGUGACUCAAGCUAUAAGAAUUCAUAAGGGGAGUUGCCAAAAUAUAUCUGGAUUGAGCACUCAUAGACUGCAGGUAACCAUGGACCUUAUAGGUCCAGAAGCUCCUAUAAUAUACAUAUCUCAAGAUGAGAAACUUUUGAACAGUGGCCAUGCUCUGCUCCCAGGUGAAGGUGCAGCUAUGGCUGAGUAUGUAAAAGCUGGAAAGUGUAUCCCACGAAGAGGUGAAAUUGGACUGACAAUUGCUUCAUUUGAAUGCUCAAGUUAUGUUAUGAGUGGUAGCAGGCAUCGAAGAAUGAAGGCUAUACAACUGUGUAAAGAGAACCAGAUCUCCAGUGUGAUGAGAAGAGAGCCCUUGUAUCCUUUAACCAAGAAGAGGAACAGAAGAGGGAAUAACAUUCUACCCAGUUUGUGAAAGAUGGUGUACAGUAAGACAAAAGGGAAAGAUGACAAAUAAGGAUUUUUGUUUUACAGUAGGACUUUGCACAGU